AUGAGUGUUCAGCAUAAAGAAUCUAGGAAGGAUGUGGGUGACACAUCCAAACGGAUGGAUGAACUGCCCUCUGAACAGUUAGGGCAAGAAAAAUCCAAGGAUGAUGCUGAACUGGAAGUUGUUGCGGACUCAGCAACAGAGACGGAGGUGCUCAAACCAAAAGAAGAUGAUGGAGUUGAAGUGGAUUCCAGAGUUGAGCAGAAGAAGGCCAAGGCCAAGGUUGUUGAGAAAAAGGGAAAGGGCCCUGAUACACGAGUUGUUACUGAACAAAGAGCGAGGACCCGAUCUCAAGUAGCAACAAAAUCAGUGAAAACUGUCAAAAGCCCUGUCAAGAAAAUCCCAAGGAAGAUGAAAUCACAACCAAGUUUGGUGAUUUCUGAGCAAAAGACCCCUAAGAAAGCUGUGAAAAGGAAAGGUGAAGCUGCAAAACAUAUGCCCCCAGCAAAAUCCUCAAAAGUCUCUGAGGAAUACAGAAAGGAGAAGAGGAAGGGGAAGAAGAAAAUUCAGGAAGAAAAGGAACCACCCAGUUCACCUUCUGGAUCAGAAGAUGAGGAGCUACUGGCAAGCCUCUGCAUGUCUCAUCACUUUGUUGAUGAAAAGUCCGAACAAAGAUUCAAUGACAUGAAGAACCUCAACACAAUUGUUGAGAGAAAUGUAAAUGUCAGCAAUUUCAAAGAGCAAGGGAUUUGGGACUUCCUAGAGAGUCUAGGACUAGAAGAAACUGUCACAUAUGCUUGCCCACACAGCAAAAUUCUGAUCAAGAAAUUCUAUGCUAACAUCUCGAAGAAGAUUGUGAGGGCGGGAGAUCCGAUGUACCAUCGAGUGUACAUACGGGGAAAGAUCCUAAGAUUCGGCAAAGAUCAAACUCGAAGAUAUCUGAGAUGCAACUGA